AUGCCGUCCAGUAAGAGUGAUACCAUGCGCGGCUUGGCCGUUUUCAUUUCGGAUAUACGAAAUUGCAAAUCACGAGAAGCGGAAAUUAAAAGAAUUAACAAAGAACUCGCUAACAUCAGAUCCAAGUUUAAAGGCGAUAAACAACUGGAUGGCUACAGUAAGAAAAAAUAUGUCUGUAAAUUGCUAUUCAUAUUUCUUCUUGGUGUCGAUAUCGAUUUUGGCUACAUGGAAGCUGUUAAUUUAUUGUCUUCCAUUAAGUAUACGGAAAAACAAAUUGGCUAUCUUUUCAUUUCUGUGCUGAUUGAUCACAGUCAUGAUUUGAUGAAAUUAGUAAUCCAAUCGAUUAAAAAUGAUUUAAACAGUGGCAAGCCAAUCCAUAUUUCACUCGCCCUGAAUUGCGUUGCUAAUGUGGGUAGCCCGGAAAUGGCUGAACAAUUGGCUAGCGAAGUGCCUCGAAUUUUAGUUGGAAGUGAUACAAUGGAUACAGUCAGACAGAACGCUGCGCUAUGCUUGCUUCGCUUGUAUAGAGUAUCGACGAAGAUAUUACCUCCUGGAGAAUGGACAACUAGAAUAGUGCAACUGCUAUCCGAUAAGCACCUUGGUGUUGUAACUGCAGCAUGCAGUCUAAUUUAUGAAUUAGCAAGGGAAAAUCCAGAGGAUUAUAAAGCAUGCGUACCGUUGGCUGUUUCACGAUUAAGUCGCAUUGCAACCGCUAAUUACGGUGAUUUACAAGACUAUACUUAUUACUUUGUUCCUGCACCUUGGCUUUCUGUUAAGCUUUUGCGUUUAUUGCAAACAUAUCCUCCACCAGAUGAUCCAGCCAUUCGUGCUCGCUUACACGAAUGCAUUGAAGCUGUACUAAACAGAGCAAUGGAACCACCAAAGUCCAAGAAAGUACAGCACAGCAAUGCAAAGAAUGCAGUCAUUUUUGAAGCAAUUAGUUUAAUUAUACACUACGAUAACGAUCCUGAUCAAAUGGUUCGAGCGUGUAAUCAACUCGGUACCUUUUUGUCAAGUCGAGAAACUAAUUUAAGGUAUCUUGCAUUGGAAAGUAUGUGUGCGCUGGCCUCAUCUGAAUAUUCUCACGACGCUGUAAAGAAACAUCAAAGUACAGUGAUCCAGGCUUUAAAAAGCGAACGCGAUGUUAGCGUCAGACAAAGGGCCAUUGAUUUGCUUUAUGCUAUGUGUGAUAAAACUAAUGCUAUAGAGAUAGUCGAGGAAAUGUUGAAUUAUCUCAAAACUGCUGAUUAUUCUAUCCGUGAAGAAAUGGUACUUAAGGUAGCCAUUCUAGCGGAAAGAUACGCAGUUGACUAUACAUGGUAUGUCGAUACCAUUUUGCGCCUGAUAGGUAUUGCUGGAGACUACGUAAGCGAAGAGGUUUGGUAUCGCGUAAUUCAAAUUACAGUUAACAGAGAUGAUGUACAAGGAUAUGCAGCCAAAACUGUAUUUGAAGCAUUACAAGCUCCUGCAUGUCACGAGAAUAUGGUAAAAGUUGGAGCCUAUAUUCUUGGAGAAUUUGGUAAUUUAAUUGCAGGUGAUGGAAGAUCGAGUGCUGGUACGCAGUUUGAGUUGCUGCAUUCGAAGUUUCACUUCUGUAGCACAGCUACUCGUGCUAUACUAUUAACGACAUAUGUAAAAUUUAUCAACUUAUUUCCGGAACUAAAAGGUCAAAUUCAGAAGGUAUUACGAAGCGACAAUCAAAUACGGAACGCUGAUGUAGAAUUACAGCAAAGGUGCUUGGAAUACUUAAGAAUGACCAACGUUGCUUCUUCUGAAGUACUGAAUACUGUUUUGGAAGUAAUGCCACCCUUCCCGGAACGUGACUCCUCAAUUUUAGCAAAAUUACAGAAAAAGAAAUCAGUUAUUAGUAACAAAAAUUUGGCUGAUGGAAAAGUUGAAAACUCUGAAGGUGUUAUAUUGCUAAAUUUGACAUUAAUUAUCGCUUUGUAUUUGGUUCUACCAGAUCUUAUUGCUCGUGACCCUGUCGAACCUGCUCCUACAUCAACAAUUGACGGAGCUAGUUCUGGGGCACUUUUAGUUGAUGUAUUUGCUGAAGCCGAGCCGAAAUUGCCACAAAGUAGUAGUGAAGUUAUUGCUCAAGAUAACUCUGAUAAAUUUUUAAUGAAAAAUAACGGAGUUUUAUACGAAAGCAGCGUUGUUCAGAUUGGAGUGAAAAGUGAAUUUAAGCAAGGAACAGGGGUUUUGAGUAUAUUUUUCGGUAACAAAACAAACUUUCAGUUGGCUGCAUUCACCUCAGUUGUUGAAUGUUCCGCUGAUUUGCAGACAGAAUGCCCACCUAUCAACUCAAUUUUAGAGGCUGGAGCGCAAGUUCAGCAAACAAUCUCGUUAGAAGCUAUAGGAGAUUUUAUGGAAACACCUUUAUUAAAUCUCUCAUUUAACAUGAAUGGUGGACAUCAGCGCCUUUCUUUGAAUCUACCAGUAUUUCUUACAAAGUUUAUGUCUCCAGUGGAAAUGAACGCUGAAAAUUUCUUUAUGAGAUGGAAGAAUCUCUCUGGACCUGCCCAAGAAGCGCAGGAAGUAUUUAAAGCUAAAUUUCCAAUGGAUAAGGAACAAUCGAGUAUUAAGAUACAAGGAUUUGGCUUUUCAGUUCUUGAAGGUAUUGAUCCAAAUAUUGAAAACUUUAUUAGUGCUGGUAUAUUGUAUACAAGGCAGGGUCAAGUUGGCUGUUUAAUGAGACUAGAACCGAACUUGCAAGCAUCGAUGUACCGGUUAACUAUUCGAGCAUCUCGUGAUAACGUGUCAGGCGUACUAUUCAAGUUGAUCAACCCUCAUUUUUAA